GUCUAUCUGGGGACUCUUUGCUGUGACCAGAAGCCCCUGAACACUGGCCUUGAGCAUGAACACCUGGGGAGAAGACUCACAACACCGGGCCAUCGUCAGAAUAGCAGCCCACUUGCCGGACCUCAUUGUCUACCGGGCUUUCUCACCAGAGCUGCCUUCUGUGGACCAUUUUGAUGGGGUCUUGAUGUUCGUGGAUAUUUCAGGCUUUACUGAAAUGACGGAGAAGUUCAGCAGAGCCAUGUACAUGGACCGCGGGGCCGAGCAGCUGGUGGAGGUCCUCAACUACCACAUCAGCGCAAUCGUGGAGAAAGUGUUGACUUUUGGAGGAGACAUCUUAAAGUUUGCAGGCGACGCGCUGCUGGCCAUGUGGAAGGUGGGGCGGGAGCAGCUGAAAGGUACCAUCACGGUGGCGGUGAAGUGCAGCCUGGAGGUCCACGGGCUGCUUGAGGCCCAGGAGCCCAAGGAAGGCCUGGACAUCCGAGUCAAGAUAGGCCUGGCCGCUGGCCACAUCACCAUGUUGGUGUUUGGAGAUGAAACACACAACCACUUCGUGAUGGCCGGCCAGGUGGUAGAAGAUGUACGCCUCGCACAGAACAUGGCACAGAUGAACGACGUCAUUCUGUCCCCAAACUGCUGGCAGCUCUGUGACCGCAGCAUGAUUGAGAUCGAGAGGAUUCCAAAUGAGAGGGCAGUUAAGGUUACGUUCUUAAAAACACCCCCUUCCUUUAACUUUGAUGAAUUUUUCACCAACUGUAUGACUUUCAUGGAUUAUUACCCAUCUGGUGACCACAAAAACCUGCUGAGGCUCACGUGCACGCUGGAGUCGGAUCCUGAACUGGAGCUGUCCCUACAGAAGUAUCUGAUGGACAGCAUAUUGAAGCAGAUCGAUGACAAGCAGCUUCGGGGGUAUUUGUCUGAGCUGCGCCCAGUGACCAUUGUGUUUGUGAACCUGAUGUUUAAGGACCAGGACAAAGCAGAAGUUAUCAGCUCGGCCAUCCAGGAGGCCUUUGUGCACAUCAGUUCUGUCCUGAGGGUCUUCCGAGGCCAAAUCAAUAAAGUCUUCAUGUUUGACAAGGGCUGCUGCUUCCUCUGUGUCUUCGGCUUCCCCGGGGAAAAGGCACCUGAUGAGGUUACUCAAGCCUUGGAAAGUGCGGUGGAUAUAUUUAAGUUCUGCUCUCAGGUCCCCGAAAUCCACACUGUCUCCAUCGGAGUGACCAGCGGGAUCGUCUUCUGCGGCAUCAUCGGACACUCCGUGAGACAUGAGUACACAGUCAUCGGUCAGAAAGUCAACACAGCCGCCAGGAUGGUCGUGUAUUACCCAGGGAUCGUGACCUGCGACUCUGUCACCUACAAGAGCAGUAACCUACCAGCCUACUCUUUCAAGGAACUCCAAAAGAAAGCCAUGAGAGGGGUUGCCGAUUCUGGACAGGUCUACCAGUGUCUGGGCAUUAAAAGGGAACACAUGUUUGGUGAGGCAGGUCUCACCUGCAACGAAAAUAAGCACUACCCUUUGCUGGGACGUGAUAAGGAGAUAGAUUACUUCACGCGUACUAAGGAGGAAUUCUUGAUGUACAACUGCAGCCAAGUCCUAAUGUACGAAGGAGUAUCAGGGUGUGGAAAAAGCCAGAUACUUGCGCAAAUUGAGUACCUGGCCCAAAAUGAGAACUACAGGACUAUCACUAUUGAGCUGACUAAGAUCAGCUUCCAAAAAAAUUUUUAUACCAUCCCGAUGCUCAUGGUCAAUGUACUACGUCUGCGUUCUUGUAAAAAUUACGGAGAACGACAGACCAACCUUCAAAAUAAAGUCAACGGGCUGUUGGAUAAGAAGUUCUACUGCAUUCUUAACGACAUCUUCUAUGUUCAGUUCCCUGUUUCAAGAGAGGUUUCCAAGAUGAGCGCCUUGAGGAAGCAAAACCAUUUGGAAGAAUUGUUUAUGAAGAUCUUGAAGCAAACCGUGAAAGAGGAAAGGAUCAUUUUCAUCAUUGAUGAGGGCCAGUUUGUCGACUUGGCCUCCUGGGCCUUCCUGGAGAAGCUCCUCCAGACAGCCCCCACCUUCCUCAUCAUGGCCCUGUCCCCCUUCACCGAUGCGCCCUGUGCAGCGGCCAGCACGGUGAUGAGGAGCAGGAACACCACCCACGUCAUUCUCGGAGCCAUGCAGCCCACAGACAUUUGCCACAAGGUCUGCCUGGACCUCAGCGUCAGGAGCAUCCCCAAAGAACUGGACUCGUACCUGGCGGAGGGCAGCUGUGGGAUUCCACUGCACUGUGAAGAGUUGUUAACAAGUCUCAAAUGUCAUAGGGUUCUCGUCUUCCAGCCAAUGGAGUCUGAGGAAAACCCAAGCAUGGACUGGAACAGCCUGCUCAGUGAGUCCCGCAGUGAUGGCUGGCUCUCCCCCCCUGCAGCGGCGCUGGCAAGGAUGGGCUUCCCCGGGGCCGGCCUCCCAUGGGGUUUUGCUAAGCCAAUAGGGGAACCAAAGACAUUUCCCGUCAGUAAUGAUGAGGGAAGUGAAACAGUCUGUAACCUCGUCAGUGGCGUCAUAUUGAAAAACUUGUCACCACCAGCAUCAUUAAAAGAAACCUGUCUGGUGCAGCUGGAUAGCAUGAGCCUCUCCUACCAGAUGCUGGUGAGGUACGCUGCCGUGGCCGCCGUAGCCAGCCUGACCUUCACCACGGGGCUGCUGCUAGAGAUCCUCCCGUGCUGGAACAUGAAGAUGAUGACCAAGGCCCUGGCGGGUCUCGUGAAGUCCGGUGUCUUUGGCUGUUUCCGGAGCAGCAAGGAGCUCCGGAUGGCUUUAGCGCACAAUGAGGCCUCGUUUGAGGUGCACCACCGCUCCGGCUGCCUGAAGCCCAGGGAAGGAGUGGCUCCCGGCGAGCAGGAAGAGCUUCGUGAACUGGAGAGCAAGGUGAUCGAGUGCCACAUCAUUCGGUUCUGCAGGCCUGUGAUGCAGAAAACAGCCUACGAGCUGUGGCUGAAGGACCAGAAGAGAGCUAUGCACUUGACAUGUGCCCGCUUCUUAGAGGAAAACGCCCACAGGUGUGACCGCUGCCACGGCAGGGACUUCAUUCCCUUUCACCACUUCGUGGUGGACACCCGGCUCAACGCUUUGGACAUGGACACCAUUAAGGAGAUGGCUAAGUCCUACGGAUUUCAAACUGAAGAAGAGACCACCUUCUCCAAAACACAGAUUCCUAAGAGAUCUGAGAUAUUUCCUGAAAAUCUCAGUCCUGAAGAAAUAAGAGAAAAGAUCCUGAAUUUCUUUGACACCAUUAUAGCAAAAAUGAAGACCCCUGAGAAGGACCUCGUCCCUCCAGAGCCCUGCCGGUGCGAGGAGAUCCUGGAGACUGUCUUCAGGCCUCUGGCCUACCACUUUCUGGCUUUGGGAGAAAACAACAAAGCCUUGUAUUACUUCCUAGAAAUUGCGUCUGCUUAUCUCACCCUGGGUGAUAAUUACAUGGUGUACGUGUAUCUGAACGAGGGAGAGAGGCUGCUCAAGACACUCAAGAAGGAAAACUCCUGGAGUCAGACUUUUGAGUCAGCUACGUUUUAUAGCUUCAAAGGCCAGGUCUGUUUCACCGAGGGCCAGAUGGUGCUCGCCAAGAAGAUGCUGAGGAAGGCGCUGAGGCUGCUCAACCGAGUCUUCCCUUGCAACCUAAUAUCCCUGUUUCUCCAGACCCACGUGGAGAAAAAUCGACACUUCCAUUACAUGAGUCAGCCGGUGCACAAGAGCCUGCUGCCGGGGAAGAAGAGGCUGGCUCAGCUGUGCCGGCAAGCUGCCUGCCUCUCUUUGCUGUGGCAGAUCUACAGCUUAGAGGACUUCUUCCACUACAAGCAUUAUGGCCACCUGGCGGCGAUGACGCAGGUGAACACCGCACUGGAGUCUCAGGAUGACUUCCAGAUCGUUAAGGCCUACCUGGACUAUUCGCUGCACCACCAGCUGGCCGGCUACGAGGGCGUGUGGUUCAAGUACGAAGUCCUGGCCAUGGAGCAGCUCUUCAACCUUCCCCUGAAAGGCGAGGGCAUUGAGAUCAUCACAUACGCGGCCUACACGCUGAGUUACAUCAAGUUUAUGAUGGGCUACCUGGACCUGGCCAUUGACUUAGGCUCUCGAGCCCACAAGUUGUGCGCCCUGCUCCGAAAUCCCAACGAAUGCUACAUGGUCCUCUGCGGGCUCAGCAAAUCUCUCUUCUUGAAAAGCAGACAUAAGCAGCUGAUCCAGGUGCUGGGGCGGCUGUGGGACCUCUCUGUGGCGGAGGAGCACAUCUUAAGCAAGGCAUUUUUUUAUUUUGUGUGCCUGGACAUCAUGCUUUACUCUGGCUUUGUUUAUAGGCCAUUUGAAGAAUGUUUGGAUUUCAUAAAACAAAACGAAGGCAACAGAAUCCUCCGGUUCCAAAGUGGAAUCCUCCUGGGACUCUACUCCUGUGUAGCUAUCUGGUAUGCCAGACUCCAGGAAUGGAACUACUUUCAUGAAUUUUCUGAUGCAGUCAAAAAUCUAGUGCCAAGAAGAACCCCGACAGCUCUAUACUACGAAGGGAUCAGUAGGUACCUGGAGGGGCAGGUUCUCCACCUCCAAAGCAAAAUCAAAGAGCAGCCCAGCAGUGCUCAGGAAAGUGGUACUGAGGUGCUCAAGAACUUGGAGAGCCUGGUGGCUCACAACACCGUGAGCCCUGUCUUCUACCCGAGGCUCUACCACCUGAUGGCCUAUGUCUGCAUACUCAUGGGAGACGUGCAGAACUGUGACCUUUUCCUGAACACAGCUUUACAGCUCUCUGAAAUUCAGGGAAAUGCGCUGGAGAAGUGCUGGCUGAACAUAAGCAAAGAAGGGUGGUACUCCGCGUCCAAAUUUCCAGAAGACCAGUGGAAUCAAACUCUCCUGAGCCUCCCCUCGUGGCAAAAAAUUGUAUCAGGCAAGGUAAACAUGCAGGAUGUUCAAAAAAACAAAUUCCUGAUGAGAAUUAAUAUUCUGGAUAAAUCUUUCUAAUAUUUCAUGAAAGAGAAAAAAGAUCUUAGAAAGACUCAUUCUCUUGAUUUUACCCAUUAUUAGCUCUUCUCUGCAGCUAGCACCCUCCGGGUUCCUGUCUGCUUCUUCCGACGCAGAGCCAGUCUCUUCCCUUUCUAGAAGGUCAGAAAGGGUCGGCAGCAGCCUGCUUCACUUUCUCUCAGCUUUACACAAACUGCCUUUGCCUUUCAGGUUGUUUUAGCUUGAUCUGUUCAUUUCAGCCCAUGCAAAACUGUAUCAUAUGGAAAAAUAUUAAUACCCACAUGGUACGUUUUGAGACAGAUACCUUGCUGGCUAAUCUAUUAAACUGAAGUUGUUAUUUUUAAAUAUCCAGUUGCUCAAUCUUUUGCAUGUAGCACAAUAAGUGUUACAAUGGCAAAUUCUUGUGAGGGUCGGUAAAGGCAAGGUUGGAAAAGGCAUGUGCUUGUAGUGCCUGACUGCAGCUUCCAAGCCCUCCCAACCACACACACCAGAUAUUUAUGGAAAUACAAUUUUUUUAACUGAGAUAUUAGUAAUUUUGAUGUGGGUAUCCUUUACAUGCUUACAGUCUACAUAUUUUUAUAUUUAAGAAAGUAAGCUCCUUCAACUUCGUUUCCCAGAUCCCCGAGAAUCGGCCCUAGAGCCGUGUGCAGUCUCUGCUGGCCCACGGACGGUUCCUACCGGCCGUCGGCGCCUCCCAGGAGUAGGGUAGACUCAGCCAUCUCUGCAUCUGCAGCCCCCUCAGGUGGCCACCUCAACAGAUGCUCCAGGGUUUCCGUUUGUUGAUUCCAGUCACUUUCUGGCCCUGGAAGGCCAUUCUGAUGGGCAGCACCUCGCACACCUUGAACUGUCACAGGGGUUUCCAUAGGCGAUGCCCAUACAGACGUUCCUUUAGCAAACAGGCCAGUAUUUCCCUGUGGUUCUGCAGAAGGCGGGGCUGUGUGUCUUACUCCCCGGUGACACAAUGCGCUCCCUGCGGGAGGCUAGCCACAGAGGCCUGGGGGCCUGCCAGCGCGGCAAUCGGGGCCCUGGGCUCUAACGCGAGCUCUGCCACAGACACACUCUCCCUGUGGCUGGCUCAUUACCUAACGGCUCCAUUUCAGCGCGAGGGUGCGAGUAUCAGAUAAGGGUUCUGAAAAUCUCAACAUGCCAAGUAAGUUAACAAUUAGUAUCAGGCAGAUGACCCAGUUUAAAAAUAAACACAUCCAAUAGUAAAGUUCGUGCAGUAUCGUCCCCCCAAGUCGCG